GCUAACAGCCAAAAUGUGACGACAGUCGCAAUGUGCAACUAAUUUGUGCUUUAAAGAGUUGUACGUUUCUCUGGCCGAUAGAUAAAAAACGGAUAGAUCUUCCCAAUCUCCACUCUCAAAUAAUAUUCGAAGAUCGAAGAAGCCAAGCCCUAGUUCAACUUCUCUCUCACUCUCUCUUCAGAUUCAAACCUCAGAACCCUAAUUGCCCCUCUUUCUUCCACACAUUUCAUUGCCAGAUUCAACGAAUAUAUUCAUUUCUCACCCCGAUUUUGCCCUAAAAUCUCUCUCUCGAUUCCGAUCUCGAAACCCUAAUUCUGGGUUUUGAGAUUCGAACCCCCAAUUCAUCUCACCCGAUCCUCGAUAAUGUCGAAGGAAUUCAACGUACCGCCGGUAGUCUUCCCCUCCGGAGGAAACCCCGGCACCACCGCCCAACAAAGGCGGCUUCCAACGGCGCCGUUCCAGCCGCCGCGAUCUGCAAACCCUAGCAUGCCCUUCAUGUCGUUCGACGUCGGCUCCGCCGUACCAUCGACUUCCUUCUCAGCUCCCCAAUUCGGCGCCAACUCGAUCGGAAUCGGGUCUGGGUUCGAGGACGAACCGCCACUACUCGAAGAACUGGGAAUCAAUACUCGUCAGAUUUGGAGCAAAACCGUGUCGAUUGUGAACCCGUUUAGAGUAAACGCUGAUCUCCACGAAAAUGCCGAUUUAUCGGGUCCCUUUCUGUUCUUGUUGGCUUUUGGGUUGUUCCAAUUGCUGGCUGGGAAGCUGCAUUUCGGAAUUAUACUCGGUUGGGUCACUGUCACUGCACUGUUUCUCUAUGUGGUGUUCAAUUUGUUGGCUGGAAGAAAUGGGAAUUUGGAUUUGUAUCGGUGCGUGAGUUUAAUCGGGUACUGUAUGUUGCCAAUAGUGAUUUUAUCGGCAAUUUCGCUGUUUCUUCCGCAAGGUGGGGUGGCGAUUUUCGUGACAGCGGGGGUUUUUGUGAUUUGGUCUACUCGGGUUUGCACGAGGCUUCUUGUUGAGCUUGCUUCUUGUGGAGACGAGCACCGUGGAUUGAUUGCCUAUGCGUGUUUCUUGAUCUACGUUCUCUUCUCGCUGCUUGUGAUAUUUUGAGCCCAAAAAACGGUACUCUGUUGUUCAAUGUUUAGUGUUGCAAUUUUAUCUUGGGUGAUCUUUACAUGGAAAGGCUACUUUUUUGGAUAGGUUUACUGGAUGGCUUAGAAAUACUUUUUACUAAAAUGGAAGUAAUAUUCAGUGUUGGGUGGUCCAUUUAUUGCUCUUGAUAUGUUUAGAUUUUAUUUUGAUGAUUGUGUGUUUAGCUGCAAUAGCAAUAUGUGUAUAGUUACAUGCCUAUAUAUGCACAUAUGCUAGUUUCUGUAUGGAUUUUACAUUUGUUGCAGAAUAAUGCUAUACAAACAGGAGAAGUUUUGUCUUGUUGCUGUGUAAUGCUAACAAACAUUAUUUUUCUACAUAAUUCUGAUGUGGCCUUUUGCGGUCUGUUCAUUUCAA